UGCUGAGAAAUGUGAGUUGCGUCCUCUGGUUUCUGAGUGUCGGAGAUUUUAGUUUCGUUUCUCUCUUCUGCUGUCAGAAAUGGCGUCUGCUGAUCUGAGACAGGAGCUGGACUGUUCCAUCUGUCUGGAAAUGUAUAAAGAUCCUGUAAUGCUGAGCUGUGGACACAACUUUUGCCGGGUCUGUAUUGAUCGUGUGUUGGAUACACAGGAGGGGUCUGGAGGUUAUUCCUGUCCUCAGUGCAGGAAAAGAUCUAGGAGUCGUCCCACACUGCAGAGGAACAUAACAUUGUGUAACAUAGUGGAGACUUUCCGAUCUACUCAGCUGGAAGAAGGGAAGACUGGAAUCUUCUGUACUUAUUGCUAUCACUCUCCUGUACCUGCUGUUAAAUCCUGUGUGAUGUGUGAAGCUUCUCUGUGUGAUAAUCAUCUGAGAGUCCACAGCAAGGCACCAGAACAUGUCCUAACUGAUCCCACCACUUCCAUGGAGAACAGAAAAUGCUCCAUCCAUAGAGAACUUCUUAAAUAUUACUGCACUGAGGACUCUGCCUGUAUCUGUGUGUCCUGCAGUUUGGCUGGAGAACACCGGGGACACAAGGUGGAGACUCUGGAUGAGGCCUCUGAGAAUAAAAAACAGAAACUGAGAAAUGUUCUGCAGAAACUGAUUGCUAAUAGAAUGGAGAUUGAGCAAAGAGUCCGGAGUCUGCAGGAACAUAAGGAAAAGGUACAAGAAAAAUCAGCCAGUCUAACCGAGAGAGUCACUGCCCUGUUCAUAGAGCUCAGGAGACAUCUGGAGGACCUGGAGAAGAGCGUUCGGAGGAACAUCUCCAGCCAGGAAGAGCAGAUUUCCCGCUCAUUGUCUGAUUUGAUUGCUCAGCUGGAAAUAAAGAAGGAGGAUCUGUCCAGGAAGAUGGAGGACAUUGAGAAGCUGUGUAACAUGACUGACCCACUGACUGUCCUACAGGAAUCCGACACAGGGGACUUGUGUGAUACUGAGGGGGAUAAUGAGGACAGAGAGAGACAUGAUAGACUCCUCCAUGAUGGAGGGGAUCUGGAUGUGUUUGGAAUCUCACACACAUUACACACAGGGUUAUCUGAUAUGAUAAAAGAGGUAAAUGUAUUCUCCAAUAUACCGGAAGCUUCAGACAUAUUACUGGAUGUGAACACAGCUCAUAAUAAUCUACAGAUAUCAGAUGACAUGAAAACUGUAUCCUGGUCAGAUAUUUGGCAGAAUCGUCCAGAAACACCGGAGAGAUUUCAGUGGUAUGCCCAGGUAUUAAGCAGUCAGAGAUUUUCCUCGGGGCGACAUUACUGGGAAGUAGAUGUCAGAGAGUCAGAAAAUUGCAGAGUCGGGAUGUGUUAUCCCAGUAUAGAGAGGAGAGGAGGAGAGCAGUCACUGAUUGGAGAUAAUAACAAGUCCUGGGGUUUGCACAGGUAUAGCCGUGGGUUUUAUCUAAUACAUGACAAUAACCUGAUCAGCUUAUCUCCCAGUCCCUCCAGUAACAGGGUCAGAGUCAGGAUCUAUGUGGAUUAUGAGGCCGGGCAGAUCUCCUUUUAUGAUCUGUGUGACCCGAUCAGACACCUCCACACCUUCACCACCACCUUCACUGAGCCCCUCCAUGCCGGGUUAUGGGUAGGAAAAGGUUCUAUAAAGAUCUCUGGGACGGUCAGGAGAUUUUUACUUUGAUCAUAUUACCGAAAAUCUGAACUGAAUCUCAUGAAAUCUGGUGAGAAAUGUGAACAGUUUGUACACAUAACAUAUUUCUUCAAUUUGGUGGAUCUGGAAGAUCUCGGCACAGGAGAGUCUCCUCCAUCACGUCCACAACCGAUAAGACGGGGGAGGGGAUUGGGGGUUUAUUUGUACAAUCUCCUUUAGAUCUACCAUCAGCUGUGUAGUAUUUGUACCUGCCUGAUUUGAACUAAAUCUAAUUUUAACUUGACAUUACAUAUUUUUUGGUAAAGCUAAAGGAGAUUUGGUAGUGUGUGGUCAGCUUUAGAUUUACCAAAAAUAAAGGACACACAUUAUCUGUUCAUAUUGUAUUCAGGAAAGUACUGGCACUACAUAGUUGAUGGUAGAUCAAAAACAGAUUGUACAAUCAGAUUGUAGGGUCAACUUUAAGGGUUAUGUUGGGUUAGGGGUUAAGGUUAAAUUUAAGGAGUCAUUAUAUUUGAGGAACAUUAAACGUUAUCACACUAGGGUAGCCUUGCACUCUUUCCUUUUUAUAUAUUAUAUUUGAGGAACAAGGUGUUAAAUAUUAAUUUUAAGUGUUUAAAGUAUAACUCCACAUUUUGGAACAUGUGGGAAGGAAUUAAAGCCUCUGUCAGAUUUGUGUCUGUCCCCCGUUGGGGAGACUCACCCUCUCCAUUUGUCCUGUUUAUUGAUAUUGGAGAGUGAAAGAAAAAAAUUCAAAUUUUGGGUUGUUACCUGAACAGAAAUUUUCCAUUGCGGACACUAGUUCCAGCGAUAACCAGGGAUUUCCUCUCGCUUCCUGUUUGGCUAUGGGACAUGAAGGGAAGUCUCCCCAAUAGGACACAGAAGGCAACAAAAACUGACAGAGGUUAUAAUUUUCGCUUACUCUUAUUUUUAUUUUUAUUCAAAAUUAGAAGGUUUUGCCUUUUUUUUAGCUCUGUUAUUAUUUUCAAGUGUUAAUUUUCAUGCUUCGGUUAAAUUGUGUAGAAAGACCUUUCUUGGUGUUGAAGAGAAUCUCUGCUUUGGGGGAGGAAACAGACAGCAAUAAGAACCAGGCAGAGGUUCUAACCCUUUACCCCUCUAUCCAAAACUAUAAACAGUUUUGAGUUUAGAUUUAGAGAUCAAAGAUAUGUGGAGCGACUUAGGCCGGGUUCACAUUGGUAUGCUGCAAUUUGGCGGCAGAGCAGGUGUCUGCGCGGUUUACGUGGGUUUUUAGCCACAGUUCUAUUGAUUUUUCUAUCAGGGUUGCAGCGAUGCCACUUUUCUAAGAGUACCGAUACUUAUUUUUUUUUUUCCCAAGUACUCGCUGAUGCCGAUUGCCUAGACUUUUAAUGUCAUGUGACAGUGGCACGUGUGUCGU